UUACGUUGGUACUAGCGACCUGUGUUUACAAAGUUCAAUGGUUCUUAGCCUGUGACAGAAGACAGUCCUUAGAGGAAAUCUAUUUACUAAGGUUAAUAUUUAUUAUAAAUAAAAAGAAAAGACAACUUAAGGUGUUCAUUUCAAAUUAGAAUGGAUAUUUUACAUGAAGAAGUAAGCAGAAUGAAGUUGAAGGUUUUAUUCUGGACACUUGUCCACCUUGGUGUUGUACUGUCUGGUCAAGUCAACAUUGAAUACAACAAACCUGUCUUAAAGUUGACAUUACCUUCAGUAUAUACAACAUCUGAUGUAAGCCGAGUCAUUUUACGUUACACAGUACAGGAUGUUCAAAAACAUGGAGUCGGUGUUCUAAUAACUGAAGGUUGGCAAUAUCAGACCAGUGAUGUCUCACUAGAUGGCGCUGAUGAAGUCUCUGUUUAUGCCGUCAUCUACGAUUUACAUGGAAAUCUGAAGGAUGUCACCGGAACGUCUACGCUAAAACUAGCUCACAGUAGAGCUGUACAGAUUUCCUCACCAAGACGUAUCAGGGCUGUAAUAUUCAGAGACGAUUUUAUAUCACUCAACAAAGACAACUGGCGCUUUGAAGUCUCUAUGUACGGAGGCUCUCAUGGUCAGUUUCAAGUCCACACCAGCGACCACAAGACUGUAUACACACGUGAUGGGCAUCUUUACAUUAAACCAAUGCCAACAGUGAAUGACCCGAGGUUUAAUGAGAACUUUCUUCAUACAGGACACAUGGAUUUAUAUGCUCUGUUUGGUCAGUGUACCAACGAUAAAAACAACGGCUGCUCGAGAACAGGUGGAACUGAGAUCCUCCCGCCUGUCAUGUCCAGUAAAAUCUAUAGUGUUCCGUCCAUUAGGUUUGGUACAGUGGAGGUCCGAGCAAGGCUCCCCAAGGGCGAUUGGAUGUGGCCAGCUAUUUGGAUGGUCCCUAAAGACAGCGUGUAUGGAGGGUGGCCCAUGUCUGGGGAGAUCGAUAUCAUGGAGUCUAAAGGUAAUUCUGGCGCCAAUUUCAGCGAGAGAAUAACUAGUCACCUGAUCUGGGGAACUUCCUGGCAACAUCAGAAUUUGAGGUAUUAUCAGGGAAUAAGACACGGCACUAACUGGCAAACACAGUUUCACACUUGGAGGAUGGAAUGGACUCACGAGCACAUUCUAAUGUUUGUAGACAACCAACAGAUACUGACUGCAGUGCCUCCACCUGGUGGACUUUUUGAGCAAGGGAAAUUUACCGGAACUAACCUUUGGUCUUCAGGAAGUAAAAUGGCGCCCUUUGAUCAGGAUUUUGUACUUAUUUUGAGUCUCGCCAUAGGCGGCACCGACGGUUAUUUUCCAGACGGCAAUCACUAUGGUAACGUGACCAAGCCAUGGCACAACAACUACUCCCCUCAUCCCAUGCUGGAUUUCUGGAAUGCCAAAAACUCGUGGCUGCCAACCUGGCAUGGAGAGAACGCUGCUUUGGUCGUAGACUAUGUGGACUUUAAGAGUUUAUAAAACAUGACAUAUGGACCACUGCACUCAGCCGUAAUCUUCAGAAUCGAAGACGUUGCCAUGAUAAAACAUUACAAACAUUUUCUGAUAGUUGUUUAUUUCAUGAUGUGGCCAAUAAAUCAGAUUCACUAUU